CAGGCUGCAAUCAUGCUGACGUGGUUGGAGACCGUGUGUGGGAAAGGGCAGGAUGAGGUCCUGGGCAGCCGUGGCCGGCUGGGCCUGCACCGCCGUCUGCCUGGCCUCCUGCUCGGCCGCCUUCUCCCACGGCGCCAGCUCAGCGGCCUGUGCCGACAUGAGCCCCAAACACAUCCAAGCCCAGCCCCAGAACCCCAGGACCCACCACGUUGCCAUCCACACCAGCAGGUCUUUCUACUCACCCGGUGACGAGGUGCCAGUGACCGUGAGGAGCAGUCGUGAUUUCAUGGGGUUUCUACUUCAGGCUCGGAGAGUGUCUAACCAUGAAGUAGCUGGCACUUUUGUUUUCCUUCCUUCUGGUUCCAUGCGGAUGACUUGUUUCAAAGAGAGUGACUCCGUCACCCACUCUGACAAGUCCCUGAAGAGAAACCUGUCGUUCGUGUGGAAGGCCCCGGCCCAGCCUGUGGGGGACAUCAGAUUCCUUUUAUCAGUAGUCCAGUCGUACUUCGUCUACUGGACCAGGAUUGAAUCAUCUCUUGUGUCUCAGUGGACGCGCGGCAGAGCCCCUCCUGACGGUGGUGUGGAGCCCGGCUCUCGGGUGCCCAUCCCUGGGCAGGAGCCGGACGACAGUGAAGGAGCGGCCCCAGCUCCCCGCGCCCCCGCCACUCUCCUGCAGCAGCACACGGACGUCCUUGCUGUUGGCCUGCCGAUUGCUGCCGGAGAGGACAACCUAGAGCCUGUUCCUGCCGGAAUUUGGGCAACACAAUUUCCCAGGGGAGCAGAGACUGGGCCCCAACCAUCACACACGGCUACUGCAGGCAGCAAUGGCCAGCAACCCGGCGGGGACGGCAGCCCCACCCUAGAACCGUCCCGGGAUGUCCAAGGGCUGCAGAGGCUGGCGGCCCUCAGGGGGCUCUCCGCAGGGGGCCUCGCCUCCAGCGCCAGCACCCACUCCAGGACUCGGGAUCAGCCAAGCUUUGGCUCACCAGAAACUUGCUCACCCUCUGACAGGGAUGAACAGGACAAGACAGGGGCCUCCAACAGGACCAUGAUGAGGCCUCCUCCGUACACCGUCCUUUCCGGUCCUCGGCGCCUCUGGUCUUCGGAGGCACCCACCGAGAAUGGGGCUGGGGUGGCCACCCCCACCCCUGCCUUCCAUACCCCUGCGGCUUCCAGGCUGCCUGCUGCUGGCCAGGCAGCGGCAUCAAAAUCCUCUGCCAGCUUCCUGCCUCAGUCAAAGCUCAAGGAGCCCAGAGCGGGGGAAGGAAAUGAAGAGGGCAGUGUGGGACACCCUAGGAAGACUGACCCAAGGCCUGCGGUUGGGCAAGAGGGAGCCAGUGCCCCUUCGGGGAUCCAGCUGGGAGUCCUGCUCUGCCUUUCGGCCACACUGGGCAUGGCCCUGGCUGCCAGCCUUUGCCACCUGCAUGCCCGCUAUUGCCACAGGCAGAUGGAAAUGUCCUUCGAUGAGACUGCCAGGGGCCCUGUUGCCAGAAGCGACGGUGGGGAGACUGUGCGUGUCAGGAAGAUGGGAGAGAACAGUUUUGUUUUGGUUCAGGCAGAAUACAACUGGAUUGCUCCCUCCAUGGGUAGCAAGAAGACAGUGCUCUGAGAAGGACAUGGUGCCAGGCCUCUCGGGGGCUCUGCUUGGGGUCCAGAGAGUUUCUCAGCAGGAACAGAGCAAAUUAGAAUCGCUGAUGAGGACGGGGAGUGGCUGUGCCUCUGGCCAGCGAGCAGUGGGGUGGCAAGGAGGGAAAAGGACGAUUUUAUCAACAGAGGGUGUUCUCCCUGGGCUUUGUUGUCUUAACAUCUGUCAUUUAGCUUCUUAUUUUUCUUGUCACAAUUAGACGUUGUUUGAAAAGUUAAACU